UGCGAUUUUUGUAGUUGCCGGGCAGGCCGACGGUCUGGAACGUGUUUAGCUGGCUAAUAUCCUUAAAAAAAAUAAAAAAAUAAAAAAACAAGCAACAUUCGAAAAAUAAACGUUCAAACACACAGAGAGGUUUGACAUCUCUUUCAAUAUUGAAAGUAAAGAUGCCAUCUGCAACCACUGGUGACUAUGCUGUUCAGUCCUCCAGUCCAGAGCUGGGCGCUGCUCCCGUAUCAGCUCCCACCGAGGCCCUGAAGCAAGUGCUGAGCAUCAUCGAGAAGAAGGUCCGCAACAUGGAGAAGAGAAAGUCCAAGCUGGAAGACUACAAGACACGGAAGACCAAAGGAGAGCGGCUAAAUCAGGAUCAGCUGGAAGCUUUGUCCAAAGCUCAGGAGGUGGCACACAACUUGGACUUUGCCCGGGAGAUGCUGAAGAGCUUCUCGUCUUUAAAUGUCGAGAUCCAGAAGGCGGUGAAGAAGACGGCGCGUCGGGAGCAGCUGAAGCGCGAGGAGGCUGAGCAGCGGCGCCUGAAGGCUGUGCUGGAGGUGCAGUACGUUCUGGACCAGCUCGGCGAGGAGACCGUGAGGCAGGAGCUCAGGCAGGUGGAGCGAGGGAACGAUGGGCCUCUGCUCACCGAAGCCGAGCUCACGGGGCUCGACGACUUCUACAAGCUGGUCGGCCCUGAGAGGGACCCCAACAUCAGGCUGACCGAUCAGUUUGAGGAGGCGUCCGUGCAUUUGUGGGAGUUGAUGGAAGGAAGAGACAAAGCUGUGGCAGGAACCACAUACAAGGCCCUUAAGGAGACUUUGGACAAGAUACUGCUCAGCGGCUACUUCGACCAGACGCAAACGCACCAGAACGGAGUGUGUGAGGAAGAGGAGGAGGAGGUGGAGCAGCAGCAGCAGCAGCCUGCUCCUGCUCCUGCCGAGUCAGUGGAGUGCGAGGAGCAGCCGGCGGAGCCAGAAGGGUCGGUCACUCAAGAAUUCACGGAGCCCAUCGAAGUGGAAGCAACAGAGUUUGUAAACCGAAAAUUCAUUCCAGAAGCCACUUAUAACACCAGUACUGAAAAAGAGCAGGGAGGGGAAUGGGCUGUGAGCUCUGAGAUCGUAAGCUCCCUUCAGCAGCAGCAGCAGCAGCCGCAGCCUCCUCAGCCUCAGCAGCCUCCUUCAUCGAUGAGCCCGGCUCUCGUGAGCUCGGAGACCCACUCGCUCGCCCCCGUACUCCCUCCCUCCUCGGCUGACCCGCUGGUCAGGAAGCAGGCUGUGCAGGACCUCAUGGCACAGAUGCAGGGCACCUACAACUUCAUGCAGGACUCCAUGCUGGAGUUUGACGGACAGCCUCUGGAUCCCGCCAUCGUAUCUGCUCAGCCUAUGAAGUCUGCACAGAUGGUCUGUGCUCCAGCUCACACAGAAACCCGACUCCCUCAACACAGCACAGUCCCUGUACAUCCAGAACCAACACAAGUUCCCAUGGUGUCCCCUCCCACCGAAGCGUACACCUCUACGCCGCCGCUCUACCAGCCCCCUCACAGCACAGACCCUCGGCCUCAGCCCGACCCCAUCGACCCCCUCCAGGUGUCCAUGCCCCUGUCGUCUGAGCAGCCCCCUGCCCCGUCGUCCCAGCCCCAGGCCUUCCAGUCCGUCUCCAAACCCCUGCACAGUGGCAUCAACGUUAACGCCGCACCAUUCCAGUCCAUGCAAACGGUGUUCAAUCUGAAUGCCCCAGUUCCUCCCUCGAAUGAGCUGGAGUCUCCGAAGAUGUCGAGUCAGUAUCAGAGCACUUACACCCAGAACUUCAGCAGCCAGCCCACACACUCGGUGGAGCAGCAGGAGCUUCAGCAGGAACCUCUCCAGUCAGUUGUCGGAGCGUUCCACUCUCAAGACCAAGGGAUUCCUUCCUCCGGGGGCCACCAGUCGAUGAGCCAGCAGCCAUCGGGUCAGGGCGCAGGGUUCGGACGCCAGCCGCAGUCUUUCUACAGCAGCCGAGCCGUGCCACGUGGAGGACCUCGCAACGCCAGAGGGGCCAUGAACGGAUACCGCGGACCAUCCAACGGCUUCAGAGGUGGAUAUGACGGCUAUCGCGCUCCUUUUCCCAACACUCCCAACACUGGUUAUGGACAGACCCAGUUCAGCACUCCACGGGAUUACUCGAGCAGCACCUAUCAACGGGAAGGAUAUCAGCAGAGCUUCAAGAGAGGAGCUGCCCAGGGAGCUCGAGGUAGCUCUCGAGGACGAGGCGGACCGUACAAACCGAGCCGAGGGAUGAGCAUGAUGGCUGCAGCACAGACUAGCUAACCCUAACACACUCCUCCCCAUAACCCACUCACCAGACUCUACUCCAUCUCCAUCAGUCCAUGUAGCAAGGUGUUUGGGCGCACACACACACACACACACACACACACGAGAUGCGACGGUCCUGAUAACGAAGCCAUACCACUCCUAACUAAUGCUGUACGUUGUAAAGCUUUCUCUCAAUCAAUCGCACGCUGUCGAUAGCCUUAAUUCUGUAAAGCAGGAACGUUUGUGCCUUUUUUUUUUUUUUUUAAUUUGUUUUCAGUUUAAAAUUGGACCAGGAUAGACGACGAUUCAUAUAUAGUACACACAAACCUAGCCAAAAAAUGUGAAGUAUGAGCUGUACUGUAUUGUAAUGUUUUUUUUUGUUUUGUUUUGUUUUGUUUGUUUUUGGGUCACCUACUUCAAUCUGCACCGUACUAAUGAUCACAUGAUGAGUGCUUCGUAGAAUUAAAUGUCUUUCAGUAGAGCUGUGGUGAUUGUGGUUCAUUGUACAGUAACACACUUUUGGAGAAAAAUAAAUAAAUAAAUAAACAGAUGACUGAUGAACAUUUA